AGUAUGUAUAGAAUUCAAUGGUCCCUGUAUGUUGUAUUUCGUCGAUAUGACAGGUUUUGUAACCUAAAUAGUCGUCAACUUUAACUAUUAAUAUCUCGCUUCGCGGGGCAGAGCGACACUUUUUUUUGCUAUACUGUUUAGUUUUGUGCAAAAACGCGUCGAAUGAGCAUAAUUUUAUCGAUAUUUGAGGUGGGGCCGCUAAACUGAACAAUUACCGUAGUUUUUUUCGCACAAUUAUAUUUUGCAUAAUCGAGUCGAUCGACGAGACGCAUUACAUUAGUAUUGUAAUUACACGAAAGUUGUGUUUUUUGCGAAAACAAAAUGACGAAGAGCGAAAGAAAAACGGAAGCGACGGGCGUGCGGAAUGUUUUUAUUACUUCUCUUAUUGCAGGAGGAACCGCAGGAACAUUUGUGGAUAUUACGUUAUUCCCACUAGAUACAUUGAAAACUCGAUUGCAGAGUGCGCAAGGAUUUUUGAAUGCUGGAGGUUUCACAGGUCUUUACAGAGGGAUUUAUCCAGUUAUAAUUGGUUCAGCACCAACAGCUGCUCUAUAUUUUUUAACAUAUGAAGAAAUUAAAACUAUAAUGCAGCCAAAAGUUUCCACAAAGUACUAUACAGUACUUCACAUGGGAGCAGCAACAUUAGGAGAAAUGAUAGCAUGUUUAAUACGAGUUCCAGUGGAGGUCAUAAAGCAGAGAAAACAGGCACUGAUACACGACAAGGAAUCACUUGGUCUUAAGUUAUUGUACCGUGGGUAUUGGAGUACAGUGUUACGAGAUACACCUUUUAGUAUUGUACAGUUUCCAUUAUGGGAAUAUUUGAAGAAACUGUACAGUUUCCACAUCAGGAGAGAAAUAUAUCCAGUGGAAAGUGCAAUCUGUGGUGCAAUUUCAGGAAGCAUCUCUGCAACUGUUACAACUCCAUUGGAUGUUGCAAAAACGAGGAUAAUGCUCGCUAACAGAACAAUGCUUUCAUCACAACUGACAAUCCUAAAUAUACUUCAUGACAUAUAUAUAGAAAAUGGUUUUCGUGGACUAUUUGCCGGUCUUGGACCAAGAAUAACAUGGAUCACAUUAGGAGGUUUUAUAUUCUUUGGAGUUUAUGAAGAAGCAAGAGUUCUCACAAAAAAUAUUUUCGAUGCUAAGAUAAUAACUACAAACAAUCAUAAACAAUUCAGCCAGAAAUACUGAUACUAAUAAAGUGAGUAUUAAUUUGUAGCAAUUUGCACUUAUAAUUUUUAUUUAUUUGCAUUUGUCUGAACAAUGUUAUUAACCUCAAUUUGGAAACUAUAUUUCCUUAUAAAAAAUACUGAAAUAUCAGUAGUUUUUACAUUAAAAUUUAUAUGCAGAAUUUUGAACGUAUUUUUAGCAAAUAUUGAUGACUUAAGAGCAAGAUCUUUAACUUUAUUUCACAUAAAACUUUCUAAUAAGGCUUUAAUUUAAUAGUUGGUCAAAAUUAAUAUCCAGAAUUGAGCAUUUAAAAGAACGAGAUUUACAAUUAAAUUUUUUAAGGAAAUACUGGUGCCAAAAUUGGGCAAACAAAUUUAGUCGAAAAUGCAAUUGUGUUAACAUAUGCUUUUCUUAGCUUUAUGGAAGAUAAGAAUUGCACAUAUGAUGUGCGUAUAUAAAAUGUAUCUUUAGGCUUAAUUUGUUUUUUAAUUAUUAAGAGAAAUAUCUUCGCUUGCUCUCUCUCUCUCUCUCUCUCUAUUAUCAUAUAUAAAAAUAUAAAAUAUGUGAUAU